UUCAUGGCGGGCGUCUUGGAUGCUUUGGCAUCCUACGUGCAGAACAUGCUUACGGAGAUGGCAAGGGAUGAGGUGCAUAUGCUGCUGGGGGUCACUGGAGAGAUCAAAAAAAUGGACAUCAAGCUCAAGGACCUCAAGAACUUCCUCGUGGAUGCUGAUAGGAGGAGCAUCACCGACCACAGUGUGCAGGCAUGGGUACUAGAGCUUAGAGAGGCCAUGUAUGACGCCACUAACAUCCUCGACAUCUGUCAGCUCAAGGCCAUGGAUCAGGGUCAAAGCCAUGAUGCAGGGUGCUUCAACCCUGUGCUGUUCUGCAUGCGGAAUCCCAUCCACGCCCAUAAGAUUGGCAGCCGCAUCAAGAACCUUAACCAGAGGUUAGAAGAUAUCAAGAAACGUAGCUUACAUUUCAAUUUCAUCAACCUCAAUUCGUAUGAGGAACGUAGCAGGAGGGUGGCCUCCUCUCGUCCUGGUAGCCGUGAGACAUCUGGUGAGCUUGAUGAGUCAAGUUUGGUCGGUGAGAACAUUGAGGAGGACACAAGAAAUUUGGUGGAGACACUGACAUCAGCGGAGCUAUCAGAAUGUGAGAACAACAAAAUUUUGGUUUUUGCUAUUGUGGGAGUUGGCGGGAUUGGUAAAACAACCCUGGCCAAGAAGAUCUUCAAUCAUGAGAUUAUACAACAAGAAUUCACAAAGAAAAUAUGGUUGAGUGUGAACCAGGACUUUAGUGAGACUGAGCUGCUGAAAAGAGCUAUCAUCGAAGCUGGGGGUGACCACCAAUGUGCUGGAAAUACGAGAGGCGCACUUGAGCGAGCUCUUAAGGAAGCCUUGAAUGGGCAAAAGAUCUUAUUGGUGAUGGAUGAUGUUUGGGAGCAUCAAGCAUGGGAAGAUGUGCUCCAAACUCCAUUUGUCAGUUCUAUCCUAGCUCAUGGUAGCCGUGUUCUCGUCACCACAAGGCAUGCCAUGGUCGCAAGAGGGAUGAUGGCGAUAAAGCCCUACCACCAUGUCAAUAAACUUGAUCCCGAAGAUGCAUGGUCAUUGCUGAAGAAGAAGGUAGUCGGAAAUGGAAAUGAUGAAGCACAAAUUGAACUGCUCAAGGAUAUUGGAAUGGAAAUUAUAACAAAAUGUGAUUGUUUACCACUUGCUGUCAAAGUAAUAGGAGGUCUCCUGCGUCAAAAAACAGCAAGGCGACGGGAGUGGGAAAAUGUCCUAAAUGAGUCGAUAUGGUCAGUAUCCCAAAUGCCCGAGGAGCUAAACUAUGCAAUAUAUCUUAGCUAUGAAGAUUUAAGUCCUAGUUUGAAGCCUUGCUUUCUUCACUACUCACUCCUUCCCAAGAGCAGAGUGUUCUUUGUCGAUGAGAUUAUUGGCAUGUGGAUUAGCGAAGGAUUUGUUCAUGGAAGAUCAUGUGACUUGGAAGAAAAAGGAAAGGAGUAUUAUGACGAGUUGAUUCAGAGGAACCUUAUUGAACCAAACCUGGGGUACCCUGAUCAGAUUGUUUGCAACAUGCAUGAUGUUGUCUGCUCAUUUGCUCAAUAUGUGGCUAGAAAUGAAGCAUUAGUAGCACAGAACAAGAAAAUUGAUAUUGCUGAAAAAAUCAUUUCACAGAAGUUUUUUCGGAUCUCUCUAAAAACCACGGGAUCAGAAUCAGAUGUAUUAGAGUGGUAUUCAUUACAAGCACAGACAUCAUUGAGAUCACUAUUGUCAUUUGGGAAUAUAAUAAUCAAGCCUAGUGAUUCAUUGCUUGCUUUUUCAAAUUUACGCACACUACAUGUAGAAAAUGCAAAUUUUGAUUCAUUAGCUAAAUCUUUGAAUCAACUCAAACACUUGAGGUAUCUAGCCAUUGUAGGAACCAACAUAUCUAGGCUGCCAGGAAGCAUUGGUAAGAUGAAAUUCCUGCACUAUAUUAGUCUUCUUGGUUGCAAGGGUUUGGUGAAUCUUCCAAGUUCCAUUGUAACGCUCAAACAUUUGAGGUUUCUUAACCUUGGUUGGACAGGAAUAAAAAGCAUACCUAAGGGUUUUCAUGGUCUAACCAAUCUGAGAAAUUUACAUUGGUUUCCAGCACACAUGGAUGGUGACCGGUGUAGCCUUGAAGAACUGGGACCUCUCGCCCAGCUCACCGGGCUUAGUAUAAGUGGCCUGGAGAAUGUACCUUCUUCUUCAUUUGCGACUAAAGCCAGGAUUGGUGAAAAGGUGCGGCUGAACUAUCUUCUCUUAGAAUGUAGUAGUAGAAUCGGACAUGAUGCCAACUUGGUAAAGGAUGAAGGCGGCAUUCCCAAGAAGCAGCAACGACAAAUCGAGGAGGUAUUUAACGAGCUCCGCCCUCCAUCAGGUUUAGAAAACCUCACAAUCAGAUGGUACUUUGGUCUGCGGCUCCCAAGGUGGAUGAUGUCAACAGAAGUUGUGCACCUAGGGAGCUUAAGGACUAUAAUGGUGGAUGACCUGGCCUGCUGCACGGAGCUUCCAAAUGGCUUGUGUCAGCUCCCCUGCUUGGAGCUCCUACAGAUCAUUCGUGCCCCAGCGAUCAAGCGUGUUGGGCGCGAAUUCCAGCAACCAUACCAUCACUGCCACAACCAUUCCCAGGUAGAGGUUUCAUUUCCCAGAUUGCAUCAGCUGAAUUUUAAUGGAUUGGUCGAGUGGGAGGAAUGGGAGUGGGAGUUGCAAGUGAAAGCCAUGCCCAGCUUGGAGAAGCUUAUACUCGAGAAGUGCAAGCUGAGGCACGUGCCUCGUGGCCUUGCCUUCCAUGCAAGGGCUUUGAAGAAACUAUGCAUAUAUGAUAUCAAGCAAUUAAUAGCUUUGGAGAACUUUACUUCUAUUCUUCACCUCGACGUGUCUGGAAACACUGACCUGGAGAGGAUCAGUAAUCUACCAAGACUGCAGAAGCUCGUCAUCGUCGAGUGCCCAAAGCUUAUGGUAUUGGAGGGCAUGCCUGUGCUGCAGAGACUCAAUCUACUUAGUGAUGACAUGGAAACAGUCCCCAGAUAUCUGCAGGAUAUAAAGCCAAGGCACUUGCAGCUGGACUGCAGCUUACGGUUGCUCACUUCCAUAGCAGCUGGGAAACCUGGUCCUGAGUGGGACAAGUUCAGCCAUAUCCAACAAGUCCAGGCAUAUGCAAAUGAUGCAGGAAUUACGAGGAAAUGGUACGUGCUGUACACAAGAGAUCCUUUCCGCUUUGAGACAAAUAUCAGCGGCUCUGCCAUUGCCAAGGCAUCGGCGGCACGCAUCGAGCUCAAGUUUUAUGCUUGCGGCGCAACAUGCACCAUUGAAGAGGAGUGGCCUAUUGGACGAAAUGCGCCUGCUGGCAAACGUCAGCCCCUCUGCCUCCGCUUCAGGUGCAAUGCCUAUCGUUAUUUGGUUCCCUGGUUGCGUCGAGCGUGCCUGCACUGCAGUGAAGCCGGCAACAUCGCCUCCUCGUCAGAUCAGUGGACCGACGAAGCAGGGUAUGCAGCAUACACAUCGUACAAGGCCAGAUAUGGGAGGCUGCAGAGAAAGAAGCAAACAUCAUCGAGAGUGUAG